AUGGAAAAUGCGCAGAGGUUCAAAGUUUCCUUCACGGGCAACAAAGAAGAAAGUGCAGCAAGUAAGAACAUUUUGUGUCUACCGUUAAUUAUCGAACUAGCGCCGUCCCUAUCCAAUCCCACAACCCGUAAAGGUUGGCCACACCACCGGGGUCUACGUCCCCUACUCUUUUCGAACAGGGUGUGGGUUCUUUUACAUCCCACAAGAACCAGAACAGUGAAAGUGCUGUGAGACGGGACCUACGGUUUUUCGUCCUCACCGAAAAGACUAAAAGGUCUAAUCAUUUGCAGAUGUCAUUACAAAGGCAGUUAUUUAAAGACCCUAGUGUUGGUCCGGCCGGGGUUUGAGCCCGCGACCUCCCGCUCAGCAGACCGGCGCUCUCCCAACAGAGCUAACCAGGCGGCGGUAAAAUUAUAUAGAAAAUGAUCUGAAGGGAAAAGAAAAUUGCUUCGAGUUAGCGGGAGGUUCGAGUUAACAGGAGUCGACUGUAUUAUAAAUAAAGACAAUAUUAUUUUGAGGCCGAAAAUAUAAAAUGAAAAACAAAAUAUAAGUACCCCUCUUCAAAUAAGAUCCCCCUCUGGACUCAGAAAAUUUGAUAAGCGCCCAGAGGGUGCAGUGUGUAUACAGUUGUUAAAAUUGCCUUGUUUAACUGGUUUCCUAACAGGAUUUAUAUACACAAGCAACUGGACCUCGGUCGGCACAGUUAGUGGAACAAUGCAGUUUUCUCUUCAACCUGUUCCGUUUCCAGACUCUUUUCUGGCAGUAGAGGGAAAACGUUUGGUAGUAAAGGUACGUCUAAUUAUUGUCUACAAAUAAUAUCCAUUAGCCCUUUAUUUCUAGAUAACUUCUCCCUUUUGUCUUGCAUAAGGACGUAGUGGAACAAACCGAUUCUUGCAACAUUUUUUUUGUUUAACUCUACGAAAUUUGCACCUUUAUCUUAGUCGCUGGAGGAAAAAUUUUCAGAAAAAAGAUCUUUUGUCCUAACUGCAACCUGGGCCGAGUCAGCGAUGGAAACCCGCUUGACUCCAAUGUUCACAAACAAAUUCUCCAGAUUUAUUUCCGUUCAUUUUCUCUUAAAGAAUUAGAUCAAUGCACUUUCCUAGCGGAGAUAUACUUUUGACCCUUUUUUUCUUGAUGCUGUAUUGACAUUUAUAGAAGAAAAUUAAUAUUAGUCGCUAUUGGGAUUUGAAGGAUUAACCGCAUCAGAACAUAUGGAUUGCCAUGGUAACUGCACUCCUAAGACCAUGGAAACGCCAUCAAAAGGUCAAAACAUUGCAGUGAAACCACCUGCCCUCCUCCACUUGUGGCUCCACUUGAGUUUUAAACAUUUAGACGUCAUUUCUACAAUCAAUAAGAGUAAAGACCAUUCACUUUUUUCACAUAGACUUGACCAUAAUGCACCUUGUCAACCCUCCCCCCCCCACCCCCCACCCCCAAAAAGAAGAUUGCAUAACCAUGGUUUUCGAUUUCUCUUGGGACGACUGUAAUACCCGGGAGAAAUUGGAAACAAUGGUUAGGCGAAAUUUUAGGGGGUAAUCAAGGUUUAUUAUGGUCUAUCUGAAAAUGGAGAUCGAUUUGUUCACCUGUAUUAUUAGGAUUUAAACCCUAAUAAAAAACUAAUCCUUAAGGGUUAAGUACCAAUUUAAACAAAGAAUGGAUUUUCCUUCAGCAUGUGUAAUUAGGCAAAUAUACAUCGCUUCUUGAUUGCAGAACUCAUCAAUCUUUGAGUCAUUUGAGGACAAGCAUUUUUUCCAGUCAAGUACAGUUACUCUGCAAUACCGUGAUGCUCAGGGAAAUGCCGAUGUCAUAGAAAAUUACAAAAUAGUCAGGACUCGUUCCAAGCCUGUUCGAGUACUCAAAAGCAGCAAGGCUGGGAGGGUAUCCUUAGAUAAAUGGAAGACCUGGAGGGAUUGCAGUACUUGGUUCAAAAUAUCAAUUGUACAGUGA